AUGAGCGGUAGUAGCGUGCAGUCCCCUCGCGUAGCGGGGAAGGAAACUCAUGAUAGCGGAGUUAAAGCCGCGUCGCUGACUUCAAGUACGCUACUAGGUCCUAAUGUGCCGCAAUUUCCGGUUUUUGCGGACGUUGACGUGACGCAAUACGUGCAGCGGCACCGGCAGCGGCGUGUCGAAGCGGGAAAUGCGGCUAGUCAGCUCGACUUGCGAUCGGGGAGCGCGGGGUUCCGCCGAUACCAGCUGACGGGAAACGGGGGAGGCCAUUGCGCGCCCACCAAUGCAGCUGCUAGAACCUGCGUCGCCGCGGAAGCUGCUGCGCCGACUCCUCCGCUUGUCACCGUUCUGCGCGCAAGCUCAGCCCCUGGCCGCCCUAGUCAGUCCGCUGCUGCUGCUAGUAGUACGUGGGGGACCCGUCGCCUGAGCCCUGCUAGUUCCGCCCCCGCGGAAAGAGCGCAGAGCGAAGGGAAUGCUAUCGUCACAAUAGCCCCUGAAAAUGCCAGCAGCUGUGGCAGGCAUGAGAGCAGCGGCUCGGUCGGCCAUCUACGUCAGGCGGAUAACGAGGAGCGAAGCUCUCUGACUACGCGUUCCGGCAUUAUUCCGUCUCGCCGGCCGCGGGUGGACUCCGCCGCAGCCGUUACUCAGUGCCGGCCAGUCAACCCUGCCGGCCGGCCGGCAUCAGUAACCACGUGCGCCACUCGUCAACCACGGUCGGGCAGAACCGUGAGUUGCGCCGGAGGGAGGGCGGUGGGGCUGGUGAGAGCGGCGAAGGCGGAGAUGGGGGAGGAGGGGGAAGGAAAGGGGGAUGAAGAUGAUAGUGAUGGGGAAGAAGGGGAGGAUGGGGACGGGGAUGAUGAUGACGUGGUUCUCGCAAUGCCGGUCGGCAUAGUUCGCAGAGGGGUAGCUGGAGCAGCGCCGGGACGGGAUGGGGAGACGGAGACGGAUGGCCAGGAGGGCAGGGAAGAUGAGGCACAGGACGGGAAGGGGAUAAGGCGACACGCGCACAAAGUGGCUGCACAGUCGGAGUGCGCUGAGCAGUCAGAGCGGGUAGAAAGGGCAGAGCGGGCAGAAAGAGCAGAGCGGGCAGAGGAGUUGGUACGAGGGAGGGAGGGAGUGGCAGCAGAGGCGCAAGAGAGCAGAGCGGCAGCAGAUGAGGCGCAGGGAGAGGAUGAAAAGCGAUCGGGUGGUGUGAGCGCGCCGAGCCGUGCUGUGAGCGCGCCGAGCCUUGGUGCUGCGACUGUUAUAGAUGAGGGGAGCAUUCGCGAGCAGCUGCAGCUGAUUGCAGAGGCCAUGGCUAGGCGGGCUGGACGGGAGGAGGCGCGGCGUAGAGAGGAGGGGCGGACUAGAGAGGAGGGGCGGAUUAGAGAGGAGGGGCGGACUAGAGAGGAGGGGCGGACUAGAGAGGAGGGGCGGACUAGAGAGGAGGGGCGGAUUAGAGAGGAGGGGCGGACUAGAGAGGAGGGGCGGACUAGAGAGGAGGGGCGGACUAGAGAGGAGGGGCGGACUAGAGAGGAGGGGCGGACUAGAGAGGAGGGGCGGAUUAGAGAGGAGGGGCGGACUAGAGAGGAGGGGCGGACUAGAGAGGAGGGGCGGACUAGAGAGGAGGGGCGGACUAGAGAGGAGGGGCGGACUAGAGAGGAGGGGCGGACUAGAGAGGAGGGGCGGACUAGAGAGGAGGGGCGGACUAGAGAGAAGGGGCGGAUUAGAGAGAAGGGGUGGAUUAGAGAGGAGGGGCGGAGUAGAGAGGAGGGGCGGAGUAGAGAGGAGGGGCGGAGUAGAGAGGAGGGGCGGAGUAGAGAGGAGGGGCGGGGUAGAGAGGAGGGGCGGAGUAGAGAGGAGGGUGGGAUUAAAGAGGAGGUGGGGAGUAGAGAGGAGGGGCGGAUUAGAAAGCAGUUGCAGUUGACUAAAGGGGUGGAGGAGGGGGGGAAUAGACAGCAGGUUGGACCGCACGGCGUGCAGCCAGACUGUGCUUAUCUUGCCACGCCGAGUGCUUAUCUCGCCCAGCCGAGCGCUUAUCUCAGCGCCAUGGAUACGCUGAGCUGGCAGGAUCUAUACGUGCACUGUGACGUGGCAGACCUGUGGCAGGAGGCUCUUGGCAAGAGAGCCUAUGGCCUUCCUCCAAGGCCCAAACGGCCACUGCAAGCAGCACAGCCUGUGAAAGGAGAGGGGCGAGUGAACCCACCAAGGACAAUAAGGCAGAAGAAGCCAGUGAGGCCAAUAAGGCCAGGGGACGCAAUGGGGCCAGCACCGCUUGUGCGACCGUGGAGAUCGGACAGGGUUAUGAGGUCACCUGAGGGCAUUCGGCCUGCUCCAGGGUCUGCUGCCAGGCGAGCCCUCACUGUUGCUGCUGUCACCGGUAGUGAUGCUGUCACUGGUGAUGCUGUUACCGGCCAUGCUGCUGCUGACGGGGAUGGUGAUGCCAGCAGGGGAAGCAGUGAGGGUGACACCGCUAGUCCGGGACCUGCUGCCAGGCGAGCUCUCGCGGUCACUGCUGUCACUGGCUCCGCUACUGCUGCCAACGGGGCUUCAACCGGUGGUGCUGCUGGUGGUGGUGGUGGUGGUGGUGAUGGCAGUAGCGGCCAUAGCAUCGCCACGCAUGGGCGAUCUGCUAACAGUCUGAAUGCUGCUCUCGCGAGGAUGCGGAGCGCUGUCCGAGAGGCAGCUGCUGGGGAGGUUGUAAUGCUGCGGGCUGAACGGAAACUUUUGCCUGCUGCCCAAGCCACGACUUCUCUUCCCAAGUGCCAAGCAGGUGGUGGGGGCAACGAGGCCUUCUUACGAGGUGAUUCGAACCCGACAAUGAUCGGUGGAUGA